GAUUAGCGUAAUUCCUAUUUUUGAAAAACAUGGUGGUCAUUUAUUAUUAGUUGAUGCUUCUACUCUUGUGUUAUUUUCUUAUGGAUACGUAUAGAAUUUGAAGAAUUCUAAAAGACGAGAAAGGAUCAAUAACUCUGUAACUUGGAUAUGGAUUAUUGAACUUAUACAGCUGUGCAAGAAAGAUGCAGGCGACACAAUCAUGGAGUGUAUUCUGGUGUAUCAUUGCUGUAAUUCUUCUUGUUACAACAUUCGGACUAGUUGGAAUGCUGUGCUUCAUUUUAACUGUGGCCGUUUUUAUUGGAGGAAUUGUUGCGAUGUUUUGCCAACAAUGCAAGCAUAACACAGAAGUUCGUCUUUAUUGCAUGCAUUCAGAACUUCAAAAACACAAAAAUCGUGAAAUUCAGAAGGCGUUAUUGAAAGCAAAUGAAUGGGCUCACUUUGAAAAUGAGAUGCGACUGACUGGCUCUGCAAGUAUUGAUGAAAGCAUGAAAGAAUGCCUUGAGUAUGUGAUGAGAGAUUAUGUCAAAUACUGGUAUAAUGAUUUAUCUGAUGAUGAAGAAUUUCUCCAGUCGUUUGAAAAAACUUUACACGAAGUUGUGAGGAUAAUAAGUACAAGAGCAAAAAAUAUUGACUGGCAGACGUACCUUACUACAAAGCUGGUCGAUGACUUUGCCUCUCAUGUUAGAUUAUAUAGAAAAGCCCAAGAAAAAAUUACGAAACUGCAGGAGGUUUCCCAAGCAUGGAAACAAAGGAUUACCGCUAUGAAGGGUACUGAUUCAUCGAGUGAAAGUCAAGAUAGCGUUUCAAUAUCAUCCAAUACAUCACAACAAAGUAAACAGCUGAAUAAUAAUGAACCUAAUAAGACCGGUGGACAAACUAUUAUUGAUGUAUUUUUCGAAUGUGAAAUUAAUGUGGAAAAAGUCUGUCGGGAAUUAGUAUCAUGUGAUAAAGACAAACAAAUGGAUUAUUUUCAGGACGUAAGCGAAGUUGUUUUAUAUUUAUUAUUACCUGCCAAAGAACUGCACUGUCGACCAUUAAAAGCUUUGUUAAAGGAAGUUUUAGUGCAAGGCAUAUUUACACCAAUAUUACAAUUAUACAGCGAUCCAGACUACCUCAAUCAAUACAUGAAUUGGCUUAUAUCAGACAAUUGCAUAACGAGCGAAGCUUUCUUAGUAGUCGUUCGACACAGUCCGGUUGUUGGAGAAUUACAAGCUACUCGUGAUAUAACUGAUGAAGAAAUUGCUCGGACGAGAGCAAGAGAUGACGUAGGAGAUGAUCCAGAUGUUAAACAACAAUUAAGCAGCAUGGAAUAUGUCCGAAAUCUUUGUGAAAACAGAAUAAACAAACUGCAGAGAGGAGAAAUGGGUUAUGAAAAUGACAUAGGGGGCAUUGAUUCUUUGAUGGCAGACAAAUCUUCCAAUCUUUAUAAUCUUCCUUUAAGUACAACAUUACGAAAUAAUAUCGCACUUCAAUUUUUUAUUGACUUUAUGCAGACAGUUGAUGGACAAGCAUAUUUAUUCUUCUGGUUAACGGUGGAUGGAUAUAGAGCAUCUGCUGAACAACAACUCAAUGCUGUUAAAAUUCAACAAUUAUCUGGGCAAUUGAAAGGAACACCAGACAUGGAAAUGUUACGUGUAAUAGGAAGAAACAUAUACGAACAAUAUUUAAGUAAAAACGCAAGUCCCAGGGUUGAUUUAGAUUCUGCAACGGACAAAGAAAUUUUAAGAAGAUUAAGCAAUGAAGAACCUUCACCUAAUGUCUUUGAUGAAUUGCAAAAGAAGGUUUUUCAGACAAUGCAAAGAGAUGAGAAAUUAUAUCCAGCUUUUAUGAAGAGUCCACUGUACAUUAAACUGCUGGCUGAACUCGAUUUACUUCGAGAGCCGAGUAAUCAGUCUGAAUCGAGCGUAAAUGGUUCAAUUUCAAGUGCGUCAAUGGAUGACCUGACGACAGAGAAUGAAGAGUCUGGUUCAAAGUUCAAAGCAGUUAUAACACAAACAGGUAUUUGCAAUGAACACGGAAAAUCUUACGCUUUGUUCGCAAUCAAUGUAGCGAGAUAUUGGUCUGUUGCUAAUGGAAUAACAAAACAAGAAAAAUGGGAUACUUUUAGAAGAUUUAGUGAAUUCAGCGAUCUACAUCAGAGCUUGAAAGAAAAUGGUAGCAAUCUCGGUAACCUAAGGCUUCCAAGCAAAACAAUUUUCAAAGAUUUGAAUGAAGAAUUUUUAGAAAAAAGACGAGCAGAACUCAAUAGUUAUUUGAAGUCUGUUUUAUCAAUGGAACAUCCACCUCGUGCUAUGGAAAGUAUUCAUACUUUCCUCGAUGCCAAAGCUUAUCAAAAAAAUAAUAGAACACUGAAGAAAAAGGUUGAUUCCGUAAUGCGAAAUUCUGUGAGAAGUGUAACUAAUUUUGUUAUGCAAGCACCUGAUAAUUUAUUAGACGGAAUCCAUAAAGCAUCUGAUAAAGUAUCGGGUGGAAUACAUCGGAUUUCGAUCAGAAAAAAUGGCACAGAUACUCACAUCAACGACGAUGGAUUGCUAUUUGAUGACUGCAGAGUGUCAGAACAAAUUGAGGCAAAUAUCGAGGGCAACAUUCCACUCCGAAUUGUUCUUUUGCUCAUGGAUGAAGUCUUUGAUUUAAAACAUAGAAACCAGUGGUUACGUCGUCAAAUCGUAGCCGCAUUACAACAACUCGUUCGAGCUGUGUUUGGCGAUCGAAUGAAUCGUAAAAUCAUUGAAUAUGUCGACAAUGCUGUGGCACCUGAACAGGUUGUCGAUUACAUCUGUAAAUUUCGUGACUCAUUCUGGCCUGGUGGAAUUCUAGCAGAAAAAGCACCAGAACGAGAUAUGGCCGUCAGAAUGAGAACAAGGGUGCUGACUAAGUCCAAACUUCUUGGUGCUAUUCCAGAUGAACUUCGACCUUUAGUGGGCACGGAAACGUCACGUCGAGGCAUGAUGAGAGUUUUCGAACUUUUUCAGCAUCCUGAGCUCAAUACAAGGUUAUUUAUUGUUUUAAUGGAAGGCGUCAUGCAAAGACUUUUUCCUUCAAAUAGAUUUAAAGAACUUUUUGAAAAAUUUCAUUCUAACUCUCCUAAAAUGAGAGCAAGAAAAAGAGAAAGAAUGUCACGACGACCUCUAAUCAAGGGAAAUGGAACAAAAAGGACUGUUAGGUCUCGAAGAUGACAAAAAUUUCAUACACAAAUUCAUCAUCCUUCUUAUGCCUUGACUUUGCAUGGUACAUUGAUAACUAAAGUUGAUUAGACAAAGUUUUUCUUUAUAUCAUACAAGGCCUGGCAUAUAAUUCUUAAUUCCUUUUUGCAUUUCCAAUUUAUUUCACUACUUUUUUUUUCACUUUUUUUUCAUUAUUUUUGAAAUCUGACACUGCUGUAAUGUACGUGCAAUGCUUGUUAAACCUUAGUACUUGUUCGUUUUGCUCAGCAAGAAGUCAUAGUCAGCAAAUCUUUUUUUUUUACUUCUUUUUGUGAAAAUAACGAUAUUGGCCCAAAAAUUAACAUGAAAUAUUUUAACAGUGAUUUAACUGACAAAAAGGGUAUUUAUGUUGAAAUUACAUAAGACAUACCACAGGCCCAAGCUAGAAAUUUUCUGCACUCUGAAUACAAAACAAAAAAUUUAUCUUACUAUGUUAGAUAGUCAAUAUAAUAGUUCAAGUCAUUAAUAAUUAUUUUAAAAAUUAACAAAAAACCUAUCCUACUUCACCUCACAUCUGCAUUUAAAGCCUCUUGUCUAUUCCAAAGGUAAUAAAAGACUGUCCACAAAUUAUGUGAUGCUGUAAUUCUAACAGAUAUGAUUCAAGUGAUUGUAGAUAAUGGGUUCUUUUUCCUUGCCUUGAAUGUGUUAUCUACCAGCGUACAUCUACGACUCUUACCAAAUUUGCAGUUAUCAUGACAUAUUCUAUUUCUCUCAUUUAUGUGCUUUCUUUCACCUCAACACAAUAAUAUUUCGGCUUUUCUCAAAAGUUGUUCGUUUUGGUGGGAUAGAUUAAGUUAAGGACAAAUAUUUUGUUAUGGUUCUUAUUUGUUACAACUAUACAUUUAUACUGAUAUCGUUCUCUGGCUGAUAUUGAUCCAAAAUUUGAAAAUGUUGAUUGUUAAUAUUUCUGAAACAAAAAUUUUCUGAAAUGCAUGAUGCUACAUAAUAUAUAAAUUGUUUUGUCAUCACCUCAAAAAUAACUAGCUAGCAAUAAGCUACAAAUAACAGAUAGUAAGGCAAAAGUGAGUGGAACAUAAAUAAUGAAAUAAAAGAAAAGUUUUGGAAUUUAAAUAUACAAAAUAGUGUGGACAAGAAAUCUGCAAGCAGCAGAUAGCAAAAUUUGGCAUAAUUAUGUUUGCAAAAGCACUCUUUUCAUUGUGACUCAAACAGUAAUUUCAUCUCAACCCUACCUUUCGCCUACUACGGUAUAUCAUAACUCCUUUUAAAGCAAAAUUUAUAAAAACUAUAAUUUUAAAACUUUAUAAUAUUUCAUCAAGCAUGCCCAAACAUAAAUAAUUUCGGAAUACAUUCUUCAAAAACAGUUAUAUAUAAAUAUCAGAUAAGUUUAAAAUUGGGUCGCAUUAUGCCAUAUUCAAUCUAUAUUUUGAAGAUUGAUUUUGAUAUGAUAUAUAUCAAAAUUGUUGUUAAAAAUAGCUUUUAAAAUAUGUCCACUCAGUUUUUUGUUUCUACAGAUUACACUAAGUUUUCUAACCUUGUUCAAACCAACUCUGUUCAAAAUAAUUUUUAGUUCCGUGACUUUGUGGUGUUUUUUAUCACUUGGAAACAAUCCCUUCAAGUUCAAUAAUAAUAUGUUUAAAGAAUCAUAGAACAUGUUCUUGCUACUUUACUCGGUUGAAUAAAAUUGGGUUUACUAAUGUCCAGAAUAUUCUAUUUUGCAAAUGUUGAUUUUCAAUUAAACAGGCUGACCUCAAGAAAAACAACACAUGUCAUUUGUGAUAUAUUUUAGAGGGAACAUAACUUUUGUGCUAAGCAUCCUAGAUUAAUGAAACUUUUGGAUACAAUCAUACACAAACAGAAGUUCAAGUUUUGACUAAAUUUUCUUCAUUGUUAUGGAAGUAAUGAAUAGGAUCUGUCUUUUUUUAGAUCUUCCUGUGUUUUGUUUUAAUUUGCCAACUGUCCAAUAAUAUCUUAAGGUGGAGUAACCAAUUUUCUUAUCAAAUGUGGUUAGAAAGAUUUUCAUGAUAUUUUUUUUGGGAGCAGAAAAUGAUAUUUUGGGAGGUCUGAUGAAAAACGAAUCAAUCUGUUGCAGAUAAGUCGUAAAAAUAUCCAAGGACGAUCAGGUUUUUUAGGUCUAUUCGAUCUUCGCAAAUAUUAACAUCCUAACCACAACAUAUCAGCAAAACAAGUCUGACAACCUUACUUUAUGAUAGUUAAAUUUUUCGUAAGUAAUAUGGUUAGUACCUAUUACGUGGCGCAAUUUUUUUUGAUGGAGCAUUACUUUCCAUUCAUUUUUUCCUAUUUUUCUUUGUUUAUUUUUAUGUAGAAAUGAAUACUAUGUUCAAUGGUAGUAGGUAGUACCUGUUGAGAAUAUGUGCAAUUUGCUUGUUUAGAGAUUUGUUGUUUAGAUAUUUCUUUUUGUUAUUUAUAGAUAUAAUAUAGAAUCCUGUUGUGCUUGUUUUACUUUAUCUGUAUAUUUAGAUUUAUGUGAAUAUCUGGGCAGGGUAUGAAAUGAGAUUUUUUCUUUUUUUUCAAUUUGAUUGGUAUUGAGGGAUUGAGAAAAUUUUAUUAUCAGAAAUUGUCUGUUAUUGAAAAUUUCGAUUACUCGUGGCGAAGGUUCAAACUAAAUCCAUUGUGUAGCGAUACUAUGACAUUUAUAGCAUGUUUAGUAUAUAGCAAAAAUUUUUAAUUUCUGAUUACAUUUAACCAUUUUGCUGAAUCUUUUUUACAAGUUUGAGGUUUUCAAUCUAAAAAGGCAAAACUUGUGAAUUGAGAAGAAGACCGAAGUUAUAUUUUUUUAGCAUAACGCAUCUUUGUAUUAUGUUGGUGAAAAUUACUUGAAGCUAUGGUUAAAUACCAACCUAUAGAGCACCUAUUUCUUUGUAAUAUCGUGAAACAAGACUGUUUAAAAUUUCAAGUUUCACAUUUUUUUCUUGAAACCCUUAUGUCAUACCUUUGGAACAAUGCCAUCAUUUUAUCAAACAAUGCUUGAGGAUUCGAAAUUUUUUUUAAAAAUUGUCAAACUUUUUUUCAAAUAAGGAUAUAAUCCAUAAGAAGCAAAGUUGCUACGGGCCACUAUGACCUAUACAACACUUGAAACUCACAGUAUCCUAUAUCAUAACAUAAAUCCAUUCCAAUAUAUCUGAAUCCAUAUUUUAAGAUUUAAAGAGAAGUAUGUUCUCAAGAAGACCCAGAUUUAACAACAGCUGCAUUUUGUUUUCGACUUUUGUGACCAUGCUUGUGAUGGGCCGAUAUGAGUUGGGUUAUAUUCUAUCUGUCAUCUGAUUUUGAUUUGGGGUGUAUAUGCCAAAUUUAUAUGCUUAUUUUACAUAAAGUCUAAUUUCGUUGCAAAACUUGAAUUUCAUUUAAGUGAAAUUCUUCUACAAUCACUACUUUUUUGGAACUCUUCUGAUUUUUUUUAAAAGCACAGUCCAUUUCCUUAUAGAUCACCGAAGUUGUGUUUAUGCUUACAUGACUAACUACUUAUUUCAAUGCUCUCUAGUCAAUUUCCAUUCAGAAAUAUCUGUUUAAAAGGUGUACUUUUUAUGAUUAUUCCAUGACAUUUUUUAUGACAGUAUCAGUAACAAACGGGAGUUAUACGUUUCUGAAAUUCCCUAGCCCAUCUUUGACUACGUGUUGUUAAAAUCGAGUUAAUUGCGACAGGACUUUGCCCAGUAACAGCUAAUGACACUUAGACAUCUGAUGUUGUCCUCAACAUAAAGUCACUGUGAAACCACACGAAUAUUUUCAAAUCAUUUUGGUCAUACAAGACACUGUAAAUUGUGGGCUAAAUGCUUUGGACAUAAUGGUUUGAAAUCGCCAACAACUGGCUGUUUUCCAUGCCAGAUUUUCAAUGCAGGGCCAUUACGGCCGAGAUUUUAGGCCUACCUGAGGAACCCUCGACUUACUUGCAUUUUCUGGUAUAUUUUUCUUGGUCGAUCGAAUGGUUUUGUACUAGAGAUGUGACGAUGAUAUAAUAAAGUUUUGGAAGAAUGUUUAUUCAUUUACGAUGA